AUGGGCAGGCAAGCGGAUGCCAGCGGCCCAGUCGACGACAUUCCUACCGACCCACUGUCAACCGCGGAUGGGAGCUGUGAGACCCACAAUCCCGACGGUGCAGCUCGGGCCCCUACCCCCCUGCCUUCUCUCGGUGACCGAGAUCGUGAAGGGCACGGCGCAGCUGUGUCCGGUAGCUGCUUCACGGACAACUUCGCGGAGUGCCCUGCGGCAGUCAUCGACACUAACCGCAAGGUGGACUUUCACCUACAGAUGUCAAACUUCACGUCUUUACCCACCACAGGACCAUCCUUGGCAGAGAUUAUGACCGCCUCCAAGCCACAGCAGCCGGCGAGCCACCCCCCAAGCUGGCCAGCGCUAGAGUGCUUGGAGACGUCUGGUGACUUCCACCGUGUGCCGACGUCAGCGUUAUCCCAACCAGCCGGUGACAAAACACUAACGACCACUCCCAGUCUGGCGCACAACCAGGAGCCACAACACCCCGGAAUUUCACCGCAGACAUUGGCCGAGGGUGCAGUCGCUCGCCACUUGCCAAGCACGGUCUCCCUAAAGGAAGCUGCAGUGCCUAUCCCGCCUGAAGCCAUAGUCAUAGAAGACCUUAUGGUGCAGCCCAUGCUUGCAGCUGAUGACACGUCUUCUGCCCAAGACGGCUUGACUGCACGCGGCACUUUGCGGCCGCUGGGUCCCACGAUUCCUGAGUUGGACGAGAUGAAGACCGGCAAAGCUCAGAGAUCCCUCCAACAACAGGAGGACCUUCCCGAGCACCAGACCGUUUCUGUCAAUGGUGACCAGCCACUGGAGAAGGCCAAGGUGGCGCUACCACCCUCCCAGGUCACUUCGGAGCCUCCCGCCACCAUCGCGGCACCCCCUAAGCCUGCCUGCAACACCGCGGCACCUGCUGCCCCUGCUGCUGCCAUCGCACCCGCCGUUCAUCGCGUUGCCGCGAAGCCUCACCAGCGCUCACGCUCGGGUACUCGAGUGGUACGCCCGCCCUUCGAGCUUCGCAAUCAUCUAUUGGCACAAUACGCCACAGCGCUACGGAAAAAACAGGACGAAGAAGAUUAUCAGAACUUCGUAACCUGGCUAGCUCAAAAGCGUGCCACACUGCGAGCUGCAACCCACGCGGCACACGCAAAUACAAACACGAGUCCGGCACAAGCACCGACUGCGAGCCUCAACCAGUUGGAGCAGCAGGCAGUGACAACCAUUGGAGACUGGCUGCUCAACAAGGCCAAGGAGGCAGCGCCAGUUGCCGCCGACCUUUCCGAGCCAGCAGCUACCACGCCAGUCAGCACAGACGACGCUACGUCCAGUCCAUAUGCUGCGAUGACGGAAGACGAAGCCAUAGACGCCACGGCGACCUCGCGUAAGCGGGGACGCGAGGAAGACGCAGCGGAGUGCCCGCGGAAGCAGGCGAACACACAAGCAACAGCUGGUACCACAACAACAGCUGCAGCAUCACCCGCCGGUUCCCCUUCCGAGCCGGACGAUACCGCGAGUUCAACCACAACCCAUGCAGCCCUCCUCACACAGGCGGCCUCCGCCGACAGCGUGGCUGCGCCCCCUGCGGCUCCCGCAGGAAAGAGGAAGAAAAACAAGCGGAAGACACAAUCCAAGCCGCUUGCGGCCUGA